AUGAGAAGGGACAGAAAAGGAAGCAGGAGACUAGAUGGGCCUACAGCAUGGAGGUGGUGGCUGACGUGUCAGAAGCAAGGUCGGAAAGGGUACCGACUAGGAGAGAAAUGCUCUGGGUUUGAUGGGGAGAACAUGUAUAUGGGAAUGAAUGACAAUACCCAGGAGUUUCUAUCAGCAAAUCAGACAUAUAACGGUCAGAACGAGAAUAACGAAGACUAUGAAAUCCCUCCCAUAACACCUCCCAAUCUCCCAGACCCUUCCCUCCUUCACUUGGUGGACCACGAAACUGGAUAUCAUUCACUGUGCCACAGCCUCCCUCCGAACAGCCUGAUCCCAGCAUACCCCUAUCAGAACAUGGACCUUCCGGCCAUCAUGGUGUCCAACAUGCUCAGCCAGGAGGGGCAUCUUCUUUCCAGCCAGCUACCAACGAUCCAGGAGAUGGUCCACUCGGACGCCACUUCCUAUGAUUCGAACCGUCAAGUGCCCCUGAUCAAUCGACCAGGGAUGUUAGCCGGGCCCAUGAGCGCUCUCAGCCAGUCUCAGCUGAUUUCCCAGAUGGGGAUGCGCAGCGGUGUUACCCACGGCUCCCCAUCGCCCCCGGGAAGUAAGUCUGCUACACCAUCUCCCUCCAGUUCUACUCAGGAAGAGGAGACAGAGUCACAUUAUAAGGUUACUGGAGAGAAAAGACCAUCAACAGACCUGGGCAAAAAGCCCAAAAGCCAAAAGAAGAAGAAGAAGAAGGAUCCCAAUGAGCCCCAGAAGCCCGUGUCAGCGUAUGCCCUGUUUUUCAGAGACACACAAGCAGCUAUCAAAGGGCAAAACCCAAAUGCUACCUUUGGAGAUGUAUCAAAAAUUGUUGCAUCCAUGUGGGACAGUUUGGGAGAAGAACAAAAACAAGCAUAUAAGAGGAAAACAGAAGCAGCGAAGAAGGAGUAUCUAAAAGCCCUGGCAGCCUACCGGGCCAGCUUGGUUUCCAAGAGCUCUGCCGACCAGGGUGAGACGAAAAGUGCCCAAACCAAUCAACCUUCGAAAAUGAUCCCACCAAAACAGCCCAUGUAUACCAUGCCACCACAGGCCUCAUCACCCUAUCCUGGGUUAGGCUCGUUCCUGUCCCCAUCCGAUCUCCAGAACUACCGCGGACAUCCCCAUCCCAGCCUCUCCAGGACCCUCAACUCCAAACCCAUGUUGCCCAGCAUCAGUGCCUCCCCGCCUCCGUCUUUUCAAAUCAGCCCUCCACUCCACCAGCAGCUGUCCUUGCACCAUCCACAGAGCUCCAUCCUCAACCAGUCACUCAACAUGCAGCAGGUCCCACAGCAAUCCAUCCUGUCUCCUCCCAUGGCACUACAGGUACAGCCCCCAAUGAAUUCUUCACCUCCAGGGCAGCAGGACUUUUCACAUAUUUCAUCUGAGUUUCCAAACAGCGUUGGACCCCGUUCACCUGGCGCAUCAAAUCCUCCAGGAAGCACUGACUGGGACAACGACUACCCUAGCAGAGAGUGUGGGAUUAACCACUGCAGCAUGCUGCCAAGGGACAAGGCACUCUACCUCACCUAAAACUCAACAUCUCUUUUCGAGGAGGCUCAGAUGAAGGACACUUGAGAGGGUCUAUCAUACAGACUACGCGGAGAGGCAUCGAGCAAGUCGUAUGGGCGAGAGAGCUAAUCUACUGCACCUCGUCGCUGGCUUCAUUUCUAGGCUCUAAGAGCAGUUUUCUUUUAUUAUUUCUGAACUCUAAAGCCUACUUUCCGUGGAAGCCCAAAACCUCAUAAAUCAUGAAGAACAAAAAAAAAUAAAAAAAAUAAAAUAAAUAAACACAAAACCAACAAAAAAAUAAGGACACCAUUUUUCUGCUUGCCAUCAGCUUAGCUACAGACUAUUUUCCUAGUGAACUGCUUUUAGAUGCAGCAUAGGCCCAGGUCUGGUGUCCUAAAGCAUUAGGCCAGCUCAGUAGGAGGAUGCACUCUUUUGACUUGCUAACAGCACUAAACUUUGUGCAAGAAAAUGUGAAGUUUGUGUGAAUAUUGUACAUGCAAAGGCCUUGGAUGUCUGGCAAAAAAAUAAAAAAAAAAGAAUAAAAACUAUUCCUUGGUAGGUGGGGGGAGCGAGCAGAAGGCAAAAUAUGAGAGGAAAAAUGUGAAAAAGAUCAUGAAAUAUAAUUUGUUGGAUAGUUGUAAGUAGUUUAUUAAGUGUUUUAGAGCUGUGCUAAAGACAUCUUUAAGAUUUUUUUGUGAAAAAAAUUAGUAGUUUACUUUAUAGUAAAAGCAUUUUAUAUUAAUUGUAGCACAUUUUUUAGUUAUACAUAGAAGGGAGAUGUGUAUAAAAUAAACCAACAAAAAAAAAGCCUGCCAAACUUGUUUCUAUUAUUUGUACAGCAAGAAAUGGACAAUUUAUAUCCAUGUUGUAUGGCAUUAUUAUAUUUUUUUCUGCCAUAUGUCCAUCUAUUUAAAAAUUGCUGACAAUGAUUUUUGUCUAUUUAUGAAAGAUUAGAGAGCAUAAUUACAGGUGCAUUUUUGGGUUUUUUAUUUUUUAUUUUGUUUGAUGGUGCUGCUUUCACAGCACCUGGCACAUUCGGUUCACAAUGCUUAUCUUACCUUUCUUUAUAAUAAAACGUAUGAAAAGUAA